AUCAUGGACGCCAUGAAGGCGGCCUACGUGCAGUACAGCGACGGCAAGGCCUGGGUCGCGCCCGUGUCCCACGUGCUCAUCGAGGGCCGGGGCGACGCCUGCAUCAAGGCGGGCUACGUGAAGCAACAAAGCUCCUGGGUCGUCAAGGUCGCCGGCGGCUUCCCCGGCAACGCGGCCCUGGGCCUGUCGAACAGCCAGGGCGUCAUGCUCCUCUUCUCGCAGCGCACGGGGGAGCUCGAGAGCGUCCUCGCGGACGGCGGCCACCUCACGGACGUGCGCACGGCGGCGGCCGCGGCGCUCUGCGUGCGCGAGUUCAUGCCCGCGGGCGCGCAGCGGCUCGCCGUCUUCGGCACGGGCGUCAUCGCGAAGCUCGUCGCCGAGUACUGCGCGCCCAUGUUCCCGGACGGCGAGCUCAUGGUCGUGUCCCGGUCCGAGGCGAGCGCGCGGGCCUUCGGCACCUUCGCGGCGACCAAGGGCUGGCGCCACACGACGGUGGCGCCGCUCGACGUCGUGGAGUCGCGCGCGGACGUCGUCGUGACGUGCACGCCCGCGACGGCGCCCGUGCUGCGCGGCGUGCGGCCCGGCGCGUGCGUCGUCGCGCUCGGCGCGGACGUCCCGGGCAAGCGCGAGCUCGGCGACGGCGUCCUGCGCGGCGACGACGUGCGGCUGCUCGUGGACUCGGCGGUCCAGUGCCUCAAAUUCGGCGAGGCGGCCUACAAGCCCGCGGGGCUCGCGGCGUCGGAGCUCGGCGCGCGCUUCCGGAAGCCCCAGGAGGCCCGGGACCCGAAGCACACCAUCGUCUGCGACCUCACGGGCGUCGCCGUCCAGGACGUCGCCAUCGCGACGACCGUC